AUGGCGGCUUUCAACCUCACCCCCACUGAACCAUUCACAUUCAUGCUAAUGGGCAUCCCUGGCCUGGAAGCUGCUCACGUCUGGAUUUCCAUCCCAAUAUUCCUGUCCUACAUGAUUGGUCUCUUGGGAAACUGCACGCUUCUCGUUGUGGUAGGCAAAGAGCAGACCCUGCACAAGCCAAUGUACCUGCUGCUCUGCAUGCUGGCGCUUGUAGAAAUGGGAGCAUCUACCUGUGUUGUUCCAAAAGCCAUGUGGGUAUUUUGGUUCAAUUUGAGAGACAUUGUAAAGGGGGGCUGCUUCUCCCAGACGUUCUUCUUUCACACGGCUUCUGUGAUGCACUCGGCCGUUCUCGUGGCAAUGGCCUUCGAUCGCUAUGUUGCCAUAUGUAACCCUCUAAGAUACACCACCAUCCUCAGCAAUACAUGGAUAGCUAAGCUCGGGCUAGUGGGUUUGACAAGAGCUGUUCUCUUCAUUCUGCCCAUGCCCUUGCUCCUGAACAGACUGCCGUUCUGUGACAACCGAAUUAUCCCCAGUACUUACUGUGACCACAUGUCUGUGGCAAAGAUCUCCUGUGGGGAUAUCACAGUCAAUAGGAUGUAUGGCCUGGUGAUAACAUUUCUCGUCUAUGGGUUUGACCUAAUGCUCAUUGCUCUGUCCUACAGUCUGAUCAUCAGGGCCGUCUUCAUACUUUCCUCCAGAGAAGCCCACCAGAAAGCCCUCAAUACCUGCACAGCCCAUGUCUCUGUGAUGCUCAUGUCUUACCUUCCUGGCUUCGUCUCCGCUGUGACACAUCGAUUCGGUGAGGGUAUCGCUCUGCACGUGCAUGUCAUCUUGGCCAACCUCUACUUCCUCAUUCCCCCCAUGCUCAACCCUAUUGUAUAUGGGGUCAAAAACAAAGAACUCCGUGACAAAGUGGGCAAAUACAGCAGUAGAAGGUGA